AUGUCCCAUUCCUUGUCCAGAUCUCGUUCUUCAAAGCGUCGUAGUGUCUCUGCAGGGUCGACGAGAACGGAGAGAGAGAAGACGGUGCCAUCAAACACGCUUGAUGUACAGCAGGUCAAUACGUCGUCAGAUAUAGAAGAGCAGAUCUCUUCAACAACCACUCGCAAUGCUUUCGGCAACGAAGAAGGGGCCGACAUUCAUUAUGAGACAUUGAUGCUUGCCGAGAAUGUUUCGCUCGGCGUCCUCGCGCUGCCACAAGCUCUUGCGAUCCUGGGCAUAGUUCCAGGUCUCAUAUGCAUUUGCUUCCUAGGACUGAUCGCCACAUAUACUGGAUGGCUUAUUGGCGAAUUCAAACUUGCUUACCCAAGGGUGCAGUCUUUCCCUGACUGCGGAGAACUCAUCGCGGGCCCUGUAGGAAGAGAGAUCAUGGCUGUUGGCUCAAUUCUCAUCCUGGUUUUCGUCAGCGGUGCGCAUGUGCUGACAUUCUCGGUUGCUCUGAAUGCUCUGACAGGCCAUGGAGCUUGCACGAUCAUAUUCGCUGUCGCUGGUAUGGUCAUUUGUUUCAUACUGGGUCUGCCACGAACAUUCAAGGACGUCAGCAAAUUGUCCAUCAUAUCUUGUGCAAGCAUCAUUCUUGCAGUAUCCAUCGCUAUGAUUGGUAUCGGGAUCUCGAAGCCACAUGCAGGCGAUAUUCUUGCGGUUCGCCCUGGGCUCCCUUUCGUCAAGGGUCUAGGUCCAGUCCUGAACAUUAUUCUGGCUUACACUGGCCACGUUGCCUUUCUUUCGUUUCAAUCUGAAUUGAGAGAUCCACGCGACUUCAAAAAGGCACUUUUCUUUGAGCAAGGCAUCGCAGUGACUUUCUACAUGACAAUUUCGGCUGUCAUCUAUUAUUACGCUGGUCCGUUUGUCACGUCUCCUGCCCUCGGCUCAGCAAGCCCCGUAGUCACGAAGAUUGCUUUUGGCUUCGCCAUUCCCACAAUCAUAAUCUCAGGCGUAGUCAACGGGUCAGUGGCCUGCAAGUAUCUCUACAUCCGCAUGUGGAAGGGAACAGACGUUGUUCAUCAGAAGAGUUUCAAAAGUAUAGGGAGUUGGGUCGCCAUUUGUGCAGCACUUUGGAUUGUUGCAUGGCUUCUCGCUGAAGCCAUUCCAAAUUUCAACCUCUUGCUUGGUCUCAUUGCUGCGCUUUUCGGGUCCUGGUUCAGCUAUGCGCUGCCGAUGGUCAUGUGGUUUUAUCAGUAUAGAGGGUCUUGGUUCAAGAGUAAGCGCAUGAUUGUGUGGUCAAUCUGCAAUGCGUUUCUCUUCUGUAUCGGAGUUGCCAUCUUCGCUCUGGGAAUGUGGGCCUCAGGUCACGACUUGCGUAACGGUUCUGGAGGCAAGGUGUUCUCCUGCGCCAACAACUGGUCGCCAGUCAGGAUAGAAAACGAUAGAUAA